GUCAGCAGGCAGGCAGGCAGGCAAGGGGAGAGCGAGCGCGAGCGCGAGCCGCUGUGGCAAAGCAGCAGAGCAGCCCCGGCGCAGCCUCUCCGCCGACCUUCCGCGCGCGAGCGAGCGAGCGAGCCAGGCAGGCAGCCGUGUGGGGGUGGGAGCGCGCGCCAAUGCCGGGACCGACCCAAACGCUGUCCCCAAAUGGCGAGAACAACAACGACAUCCUGCAGGAUAACGGCACCAUCAUCCCCUUCAGGAAGCACACGGUGCGCGGGGAGCGUUCCUACAGUUGGGGAAUGGCGGUCAACGUGUAUUCUACCUCUAUAACCCAAGAGACUAUGAGCAGACAUGACAUCAUUGCAUGGGUUAAUGACAUAGUAGCUUUAAACUACACAAAAGUCGAACAACUUUGUUCAGGAGCAGCUUACUGCCAGUUCAUGGACAUGUUGUUCCCAGGGUGCAUUAGCUUGAAGAAAGUAAAAUUUCAGGCAAAGCUGGAGCACGAGUACAUUCACAAUUUCAAACUUCUGCAAGCAUCAUUUAAAAGAAUGAAUGUGGAUAAGGUGAUUCCAGUGGAGAAAUUGGUGAAAGGGCGCUUCCAAGACAACUUAGAUUUUAUCCAAUGGUUUAAGAAGUUCUUUGAUGCCAACUAUGACGGUAAAGAGUAUGAUCCUGUCGUGGCUCGACAAGGCCAAGAUGCUCUUCCCCCACCAGAUCCCGGUGAACAGAUCUUUAACUUACCAAAAAAGUCCCAUCAUGCAAACUCCCCCACUGCAGGUGCUGCUAAAUCCAGUCCAGUUUCUAAACCAGGGUCCACACCUUCUCGUCCAUCGUCAGCAAAAAAAGCCACACCAAGCAGCUCAGCAUCCAAAUCAGAUAAAGAUUUGGAAACACAAGUCAUACAACUCAGUGAACAGGUACAUACAUUAAAACUUGCACUCGAAGGUGUGGAGAAGGAAAGGGAUUUCUACUUUGGAAAAUUAAGGGAGAUUGAACUUCUCUGCCAAGAACAUGGGCAAGAAAAUGAUGACCUUGUCCAAAGGCUAAUGGAAGUCCUUUAUGCUUCAGAAGAACAUGAGAGCCACGCAGAAGAGCAUGAAGGCGAGGAGCAGGUCCAUGAACAGCCCCAGCCGCAGGAAGAAUACUGACCUGUCCAACAUCUUUGACAGUUUUCAUUCUGUGUGGGAACUUUCUUCUGGAGAAAGGAACAUGUGUGGCCUCAAACUCGAAACCAGUCACUCCCAGUCUGCCAUUAACAUUUAUGUACCAUAGCGAGUGCCAGCAAACCACUGCAUUCUGUACCCAUAUUUUGCCAAGAUGCAUUUGCAGAAGUCUUCUUUCAGUGUGUCUACCUGAGAGGUCGUAGGGCUACAUCACCUACUGUACAUCACUGCAACUUCACCACUUGGCUGCUUGAGAUUUGUUCCGCUUUUUAAAAAAUAUAGAUAUUUAUUUUUUCUUUUUGUCUUAAGUAUGAUACAUUUGUAAUUUGUUCUAAAAUGUUUAUAUUGACAUCUCUUGUGGCAAGAAGUAUUGUACCACAGAUGUGUUUGUCACUUGGUGGUGCUUUGGUAUUUUCAAGUACAUCUGCCUCGGGGCAUAAAUUUGGUCAAACAAUUGGAACAAAGGGAUACAUUAGAAGUGAUACUCAAGCUAUAAUGAUGAGGUGUGUGUUGUGGAGGGAAAAGGCUUAUGUGACCCAUAUCGUUCCUAUCCUGUAUUCACAAAACAGAAAGCAAAGCAACAGUUUCCCUAAUAAAGAUUUAAAACCCCCUGAGUGUUUUACACCAAAGCAUGUUAGAAAGCUGCACGAUAUGUUUUUAUUUCUGGAAGAUACAUGUCUACUUAACUGUUGGAAAGUCCUCUCAAUUUCCUGACUUUUCAACAGAAGCUUUCCCUGCUGCUUUCUUUUGAAGGACCUGUAUUUAUUAGAAAUUCUGUCGCUGCCUCCAGCUCCAUGCUGAUUCGGAAGACAACAAUCUCUUCUCUCUCGCAGCUGCAUCUUCAGAAUGCCGUCUCUGAUCUUGUGUUCUGCCUGCCACCCUACAAAUGAGGAUCAAGUGGGUCAGCCAGUCCUCUUUCCUAUUGCUUCCUCUCCCCUUGGCCAUACACAUAUGGAAGAGGAAGACUUCCUUACUGGGGCUAGGCAUGUCCAAAGUUGAUUUGCAGCAAGCCAGCUGCAGAACCAGUCCUGAAACGCUUAAGAGAGUCUCCUUUUAAACGUGAAAUUAUUUGAAUACUGAUUGAAGGCUAUUUUCCCCAUUGGUGCUUAGGCCAGUUAGAACCAGCCAGAAGUCCUGUUAGAGGUAAAGAACACAUUAGCAGGGGAUCACCUGCAAGGGACAAAAGCAGUUCUGCCGGCUGACUGACCUUACUACUGGAUAGGUUGGCCCAGUGCAGAACCAGAAUUUAGAGACUUAAUUUGGGUCCUUGUUAUCCUGUUCUAAAUUAUGGCAUUUUAUAGGCAGAAAUAUAGCAUAAAAUACAUUUAAAAGCAUUCCUUAUUUUUAAAAAAAUCGUAAAAUUGCACAUUUUGGUGUUCCUGGCUUCAUCACUUUAUUUCUUAAUUCUAAAUUUAUGACUUCAGUUAUUUGAUUUGGCAGGCACAAGGAAAGCCUCAUCCCAGGCUACCAUCACUGAAAAGCUCAAUAAAACCUUCUGAAUGGUGUAUCUUUUUAAAUCUUUAUGGAGUUGCUUUACUGAUUAAGCUCCAGUACUAAAUUUAUACUGAAGCAGAAGGUUUUUUAAUUUAAAAAAAAAUCUUUAAUUCUCAAAUCUUUUGCAGCAAAGUUAAUCUAAUUUAGUUAAAUGUGAGCAAUCACUCCUACUGAGUUUCAUACCACAGCCAGUACAUAAAAUACCUUUAAACAUUAGAACAGGUGUUUCCAUUUCCUCAAUUGCUCCCUCAGCUCAGCAGCAUAGUAUCCAGUCCCUGUGGGUUGAAAGAGUUUUCUGGCCCUGACCCCAGCAUUGACCUCACUUCCUACCCAGUAAUAGGUGGUGAAAGAGCUGUACCCUGCAAUGUAGCACUUUCAUUGCUAUUUUUAGCUUAAUUGAUUUGCUUGGUUUCAAUUAAAAUCCUAUACAUAAAGCAAAUUAAAAAGUGAGGAGUUUUUUAUAAGGAUAUAAAAUAUAUUCCCAUGAUCCACCAUAGAUAGAAGAUCCAGGAUAUUUUCUGUCUAAAAUAUCAGCAUUUAGGGCCCAGUUCUUAAUUUUGUCUCAAAAAUUUCCAUUAGCAUCUGCAGAAGUUCUGAUGGUGCAAGGAAUUCAAGAUCAGACCCUACCCUGCUACUGGCAUCAGCACCAGAUUGUGAUCCUUGAUACAAUUCCAUCAUCUUUCAAUUUAUCGGCAAGCAGACACUGGAGAGUGCUUCCUUAAAAAGUGCUUUUGCGAGGCUGCAAAAUGGAUAGAUUUUUCUGCUUGCGAGGUGGUUCUUGACAAGGCUACUCUGCCCUGCCCCUUUCAGCUAUAAGUAUAAAAAAGCCAACCUGUCCUUUCCUCCCUUUCUUCUUACUCUGCCUUGUAAUUGGUCCGUGGAGUAUAACCCUUUCACUGCUUUGCAUCAGGCAGGAAGUGAUUGAUGUAGGGCACAGGAAUGGUAGUUACCUUCCCAAGCCAGAGAGCCUCAAAUGUGCUGAGGAGUGAUACUCUGGAAGGGGAUAGAGUUGUCCUCCCGCCCGGGUGAGUAACACCAUUAUUCCGUUAUGGUUUUAAUAUGCAUUUGUAAUUACUUUUACUAAAUAGCACACCAUAAAGCUUUGGUUAUAUAUUAAAUGUAAACUGAAAGGAAUGUAAACAUAUGUAUUGUUAAUUAUAAAUAGAUAAGUAAUGACAUCAUAGAUGCAAAAAGUCUUAUUCAGAUGUAUCAGUCAUUUUACAUUACCCACAAAUUGUCGCAUGGUAGAGUAGAUUUUUUUUUCUGUCUCUGAAUAUGUGAAUAACUUGACUUGCGUUUAUCUUUUUACAUAUUUAAUAAAAAAAGUAUAUGUUAAAAUCUGUGUAGCUCUAGAGACUAUUCAAAACAGUUUAAAGUGGUAGUUUUCUAUUUAUAUAUUAAACUGUUUCAUUAUUAAUUGCAAAUGCGAGCAAGGAAAAAAAGCCAAAUGGUUUAAGAAAAUGUGGUUCAUAAUGUAUGUAGAAAUCUCUUUUCAGGAGCCCAACAACUGUAUCGCCCUUCCACAAAUCUCAGGAUGAGAUGAUUGAAAAUAUUAAAAAAUAAAAUAAGAUGCAGAUUA